AUGCAGCUCAUCAACCUCUACGCCCUCACUGUCUUCGCCACCUCGGCCCUGGCAGCAGACUGCUUCGGCAACGGUAACAAGGAUGUCGGAAAGUUCAUCACAGCUUAUUGGGAUGCUCGCGAGCGAAUGUGCAGUAACUCCGGUUGUACUUACCAGGAGGCUUGCACUACCUCCGGAUCUUAUACUGUCAAAGGCCUUGGUGUAGACACUAUCUUGAAUGUUGAGAUCAAGCGCAAGAACACUGGUGGCAAGAAAGGAUUCAAGGAUUGCUGGGACGCUACUGAGGACAUCAUCAACCAGUGCCCCAAGGGUGGCUCGAAGCAAUUGAGCGGAUCGUGGGAGGCAAAUGGUCAGCUGUAUCAGGUCAACGGAUAUUUCUCGUUCAACUGA